UACACCUUCGACAGUUCUUUGUAAUCGCUCAACGAGCAGCUGGAUUAAAAUUGUAGGGAGAGCUGCAUAUUUUCGGUUUUAUUUAUAAAAUAGCAGUAGCAAAAGCCCUCUACUGAAGACCUACAACGGGUGGAUGAAGCGUUGAAGUGGAGCUUGGAAGUCACAAAAGUUUGCCUAUUAAAGCGACGGAAAAAGAGAGAGAGUAACAAUGGACAUUUUGGACAUCGAUGAAGCGUUGAAAGAUGAUUCUUUUAUCUGCUUGGAAGAUAAAACACACGAUGACGUUUCGAACAUAUUGCAGCAAUGGAAAAGCAACAAUUGUCCGCUACCAACGCAAUAUCAGCAGGAACAAGCUUACAAACUAAACUCGAAAACAUUUACGCGUCCUCGCAGGAAGUUGGCGCAAAAUCUUGAAUCGCCCUUUGCACACACCUCUGGUAGUAAUGGUGCACAAUCAACGCUUCCAACUCAUUCCGAACAGCUGUCACAUAAAUUUACCAUUGCCACGCCUCAGACGCCGAUUUUCAAUCUGGAAAUUGGCGGUCUAGUUACAACGAUGCAUAAGUCAUUUUUGCAAGACACGUCACCCCCCUCAUCCAUUUGUUCCUCCAUGGAUAUGUCAAUGGAGCGCAUGAAUAACUCACUAAUCACAUCAGCGGACUUUACUAACAUAAACUUUCUACAAUCGACACAAAGCCUAGAUUUCAACGAGCCAAUGCUAAAUGGUGGCGAAUUGUUCAACUUAGCCAAUAAGGCAACCAGUGAUGGUUAUACGUUAAGCGACAUGAUACGCGAUAGGAAAGCACUCGAAACGCUAACAAUGUCGGGCGAUGGCACACUCAUAAAAGAUUCGCAUAUCGGUCAGAUCGAUGAUAUAUCACUUGCGCUCAGCAAAACGGCAUCGGGUUACAGUACCAUGGACAAUUCCACGGAGAGCAUGCAGGAUGAGCAACAGCAGGGUAAUGGUAUAAAUGCGGCGGCCAAUGCUAUCACAGUGGAUGUUGGUGGCGGUAGCUUGCUUGACGGCAAAAACAACAUUAUGCAUCGUACAAUGCUACUUAGUGAUGAUGUAAUCAGUGAUACAUCUUUUGAUUUGGUUGAAAGCAGUUUGUGUGAAAGCAUCGAAAAUGGAAAUGGAAAUAACCCAUCAACUGUACCCACAUCCGCUAAACUCAUCAACGAGACGUUCAAGAAGCCAUGGCCAAUGAACGAGACUGUUUGUCUUCCCACAAAAGCCAAUGCAACAUUCGAAUUUAAACAGCUGACACCAGAUCCGCGUUUAGCGUCAGAAACGCGUUGUGAAACUCCAGAAAAUUUGGCCGAAACAGUUGCCGCACGCAAGUUCUACGAGUCAACACCUCAUGCUGCUAGCAUGGGCAAAGACGCUCAGCAUCUUACACCUACGACCUCGAAGUUAACAAUAGAUGAGGGCAAUCUUUCGCCUAUAGUGGGCUCGCCGGAGAAAUUGAAUGCAGCACGCGUGCUGAAUGAAACCUUCGGCCAGGAGUCGGACGUCAAGAAAGUGAAUUCGAAAACAUUUUCAGGCACUUUGCCACGUCUUGAGAGUAUCGAACAAAUGUUAGAUAAUAUUGAAAAUCCCAAUGAGACUUACGAGAAAGUAUCUGCGCGCACACAAGAGCUGCAACAAAGCGCGGCCGACAUACAAAUGCAAAAUGUAUUGGAGCUCGCGCACGCUGAGGAAGAGCUUUUGGCAAGCAAUAACGAUCAGGAAUUUGAGCAUAUGCUGGAAGAAUUCAGUAAGGUGGAAGUAAAUGCUGAGCAUGUGAAAAUGAAGAAAUCGCUGGAGACAAUAAAACGACGCUUCCAUCGGGACACCAUUGCUUUGGGAAGAGCACCAGCCUUGCAACACGGCGCUGAUAGUAAUAUUCAUGCCGUCGAUAUACACGAGAAAAUAGUUGAAACGAAUGGCGCUGACUGUCAAAAUGAUUCGAGGCGUAAUGGCAGUUACAGCAAACUGGAUAUAAACGCCAGCUUGGAGCUUAAGCGUUCAUUAUUGAACGAUUGCUCAGCGCCUUCUGGUUUAUCCUCACCAUCCCCCUCAUCCGCAUCGGUAUCCGCCUCAUCGGCGGCUUCCUCGAUAACGGUCAGUGGUGGCGCCAACGUCAAUGCAACGAGUGAACGACUGCUAAGUCGUCGCAGCCGGCUAUAUGAUAAUAUAAAUCUUUCAACAAUUUCCGCUGGCAGCGAUAAUCAUCAUUCGCCAUCCCGUUCACUGGGUGCUUCAUUCACAGUACAUAAGCGUGAAGAUAACAAGCAUGAAAAUUGUGCAAUUGCCGCAGAUACAGCUACUAUAGCGGGUGCACCGAAAGAGACUGAACAAAGAGAUGAAGAAAAAGAAGAGAAUUUGGGAAAGACGGAUGAAGCGCAUGAAAAUGUACACGGAUCAGGGGUAUUGAACAAUUACAACGUUAUUGGCACUUACAGACUCUCAGAACGGCGCGAACGUGACCGUGAUCGUUUUAAGACAAUAAAAAUUGUCAAAGGAAGCAGUGCGAAUGACGGUCUUGUAGCUGUAAAUGUGCCUUGCAUCGAUGAUGAAAUUGCGUGUGAAGAGAGCGUAUCUGACGACAGCGCUGCAGUCUUCAAUAAUAAUAAAUCAGAAAUUGAAGCAGAAAAGGAAGCUGUGUCGGCAACUGGAAAUCAAAACACCUUCAAGAAAUCCACUACGGCAUCAAAAAUCAAUCCGAAUUUUUUAACAUACAAGAAGCCGAAAGAUAAACCAACACUCGGCGGAAAUUUGCCGGAGAUAGGAUGCAACGCAUUAGUCAGCAAUGGGGAGCUCGAAAAGCCAAGAGAACCGCCCAGCCGUUUACGUUCACGUUCACGCCCGCGUUAUAUUUCCGGUUUACAAAAGAUGACGGUGGUUAAAGCGAUUUCGGCGGGCGAUUUGGAUCGUGCUACAGCGCCUGGCUUGCGACCGCCUAACGCCAGCGUCAGUCAUGCUGGGCUCAACAGCUGUCAGGAUGCUUGCGCUGAGAAGACUGCCACGAACACUAAAUACCAACGCAACACGCAACCUUUGAAGACAUCAACGGAUGAGGUUAAAUCCCCAAUGGGCACCAAGUCAAAAUCCUUCCACAACUUAUCGAGUAAUUUUGGUUUUAAUGGCAACGCAAAUGGCCUGUCGGCGGGACGCAACAGCAGUUUUGGCUUAAAAAAGCCCACCACUUUUGAAAGCAAUGGUCUUUCCACAAACUCUGCGAGGGAGCGCACUGGCAACGGUACGCCGAAUGCCACGCUGCAGCCGCAAGCCGACGAAUCAGUUUUCAAGGUACCCAAGCUUAUGUCCGGCCUACGAGCGCCUGGUGUGAAACGCGCCGGCCUGGUGCGGCCCUCCUCCGGUUACUAUAGUCUCAACAGUCUUGCCGCCAAGGGUAUGCCACCGUUGCCGCAAGCGCCACAAACACAGCCAGCGAAUGAUGCCGAUUCUGAUAGCGGCGGCAGGCAUUCACCCACAGAAAGCAUGUCUUCGGCUUCAUCGCGUAGUAGCUUACAUAGUGGCGGCGGCGGUGGUAGCAAUAUUGGCAAGCCGGUUGCAGCCGCUACUGCUUCAAAGCCCGUAUCUUUCGCCAACUCUAACACAUUGAACCUGACUAAGAUUACCACUGGUUCAACGGGUAUACCGAAGCCAUCUGGCCUGCGGCCGCCUACAACGAACAUCAAGCGCAGCGGUUUGCCCAAGCCAGCCACAGCUAUGGCGCGACGAUAAACCGUAUGUCACACACACAUACUACAUUGCAAUACAAACAACUACGUAUUUUAUAUAUAUUACUAAGCGACAUACAGUAUAUUUACACGUUUGUAAAUUACGCAAGCGGAAUUUAGGCAAGUUGGCAAUGUGACUAUGAAAUCAAAUGAAAGAAAUGUAUUGAGCUGGAGGCAUUUCUUUGUGCUCUCUUAAGUUGACACAACUAAGAUUAUUUUUUAUAUAUACAUACAUAUAUUUAAUUUUAUUUCGACGCGAAUUCGAUUCUUGUACUUUAUGUAUAACUUAGAAGACAGAAACAAACGAAAGAGAACAAUAACAAAAAAUGAGCGAAAUACUUAUAUCGUAUACAAUGAUUAUUAGAUACUGAGAAAUUUCAAAUUCGAAUAUUAGCAAUGCAUAUAAUGAAUAACUAUUUCCCUAAGAUAAAUUAUUAUCAAUUUCAAUUAUAUGUAUGUGCGUUAAUUAAAUUUAGACUAAAAAAAAAAAUACUAUUAAAUGAUUUAACUAAAAACAAAACGGCGAACUUGAACUAUUAAGAAACAGAGAGAAGAGAAACUGUGUUAAGGAAACUGCCGCGAAGAAAAUGAGUGGCGAUUCUAGCUGAGUGCUUCUGAGCGCUACCUCUUCUGAGCAGUUUCAUCAGGGGACGCAAGAGAAGGGAAGAAUGCCUUAUUUUUCUGAAAAUGUUAGAGGCGUGGCUGUUGUAGCUGGCCAUCGAUGACUCGUCGUAAGCGUAGUGGAGAACAUGGAAAGUAAUCGCCGUACAAUGUUGUGACUUUCGUUCGUUUUCUCUUACUAAAUUAUGUAUUUAUAAAGCACGACGAACAAAAUGAAAUGGAAAACAAUAACUACUGCUCACAAAUAUUAAAAACAAAUUUACGAAAAGAAAUGAAGUAAGAUUAAAAGAAACUAAAAUAAAUGUAUACUCUUUUGUUGCUAAACAAUUAAAAGUAAGUGCUGAUUAAUUAUUAAAUAGUUUUUUUUUUAUACAUUCUGUUGCAUUCAAAAUCCUAAGUGUAUUCAUUAAAUAAAAGCUUUUCAUUGUCCAAUUGCUUAAAACUUAAUAUAUGCAUACAUACAACAUUACAUAACAUAAUUUCGUGCCAAUUUCAAUUGCUAAAACAAACAUUGUAAAUCAGAUUGUGUCAUUUAGCAUAUCCAUAUAAUGGUGCCGUUAAACGUUUGUUUAUAAACCAGUGCAUAAGCAUAAAACAAGCUUAAGCUUACACGCCACCGCCACGUAAACUUUCGUCGUUUUACUGCUACACACUUAGUUUUGCUAUGUACUCUACUAUUGUGUUUUUGUUUUUUGCCUUAUGAUGCCAAGGUCAAAUAAAAACUGCUUUUACGCAAAUUUAUCAGUGACUGCAUAACUACAACAAAAGGUUACGUCAAUUCGAUAAGUGGCUCAUCUGCUGAACACAAUCACAUACCCACAAAACAUACAUACAUAUAAUAUUUAUAUAGUAUAUUCAUGUUUAUAAUAUGUUUAGUUAUAUAAAAAAAAUAUACGCAAAAUGUGCUUUACUCAUUGCUUUUUGUUCACAAAAACGAAAAUUGUUUAUGCAGCAUACAUUUUCAUAUGUACGUACAAUGAUACAAAUAUUUUUUUGCAUCAAACGUACGUACAUAUGUACAUUCUUUUAUAUGUGCGCUUGAACUCCUGCAAUUGCUCAUUUUUUAUGA